CUCUUCUCGGGGUUUGAGCAGUUCUGUGAUUAGCUGACUUCUAUUCAUUUGAAGUGGACACUUAUUUGAAGAGGGGGUUAGACUUUCGGCUUGUUUCUCGGGACUAACAUAGCAAAAAAUGCCUGGACCAGCUGCAAGUGCUACAAAUGUGGGGGCUUCUAGUCGUUCCCCAAGCAAGACUGUGGCUCCUCGGGCUGCAGGCUCCACUGUCAGACAAAGAAAAGCCACCAGCAGCGGCACACGCAGCGGCACACGCAGCGGCACACGCAGCGGCACACGCAGCGACGGACGGACCACAGGAUCAGCAGGCACUGGUGGCAUGUGGCGCUUUUACACUGAAGACUCUCCGGGCCUCAAAGUUAGGCCGGUGCCAGUGCUGAUGAUGAGCCUCUUGUUUAUUGCUUCAGUCUUCAUGCUUCACAUCUGGGGGAAGUACACCCGCUCCUAAACCGCCCCAAUGACCCCACCACCACCACCAUCGACUCUGCAGCUCAGCCUCUGUGGAUCUGGACCAAACCAACCAUCAACAAGUUUCCUGUGCAGUUAUCAAAUCGACAGGAAUCAGAUUUUUGUGACCAUUUUCACAUAAAAUCUUACUAUCAGUCAGCGAUUUUUUUUUUUUCCUCCUUUUUAUUUGUGGUUUGCACGUGUUCGAUGAAGAGGAGGAAGCUUCAUCACUCUGAUGUGAGAUGUUGGUGUCACCCUCUCUCAAAGCAGCGCGUUCCCUCAUCGACUUGAUGAAGACAGUACAGGGCUCAGUGACUUUUUCUUUCCCCAGCAAAACAUUUCUGCUCAGAGCCUGAAUUUAAUUUUUGUUAACAUUUGUAC